AAAGGGACCAGUCUACAGGGCAGUGUCAGCUGUGGGUGCUUCCGGAACAUGAGCCGGCCACACCCAAGUGCAUGCGCUGUCCCUGUCCACAGGCAGAAGGAGGACGAGACCAAGGCCCUGGAGGGCGGGCGGUACCAGGUCCACAAGAACGGGAGCCUGCAGAUCAGCCUGGCCACCGAAGAUGACGCAGGCGCCUACUCCUGCUGGGUGGAGAACGCCCAGGGCAAGACGGCGGUCACGGCCACCCUGGACAUCCGAAAUGCCACCAAGCUCCACGUCUCUCCCAAGAAUGCAAGGGUGCCUGUUGACCACACACUGGCACUACGCUGUGACAGCCAGUGUGAUGCCCAGCUGAGGGCCAGCUUGCGACUGUCCUGGAGUAAGGAUGGGGUCUCCCUAGACUCGAACAGCACAGAGGAUGGCAGGCUGGUCAUAGAAGGAGUGACUCUGACCAUCUUCAACAUCACACUGGAGGACCAAGGUGUAUAUGCCUGCUCUGCACACACAGACCUGGACAGCACUGAGGACAAGACCCAGGUCACCGUUCUGGAUGUGCCUGAUCCCCCACACAGCCUGCACCUCUCUGAGAGGCAGAAUCGCAGUGUCCGGCUGAGCUGGCAGGCAGGAGACCCUCACAACAGCCACGUCAAAGAAUACAUUGUGGAGUUUGAAGGGGACAGAGAGGAGCCUGGGCAGUGGGAGGAGAUGGCAAGGGUCCCAGGAAGUGACACCACCGUGCUUCUGGCCUUGGCUCCAUACGUGAGGUACCAGUUCAGGGUCACGGCCUUGAACGAGGUGGGGAGCAGCCUGCCCAGCUUACCCUCGGAGCACCACGAGACACCUCCAGCAGCUCCAGACAAGAAUCCACAAAACAUAAGGGUCCAAGCUUCUCAGCCCAAGGAAAUGAUUAUAAGAUGGGAGCCUCUGAAGCCCAUGGAGCAGAAUGGGCCAGGGCUGGAGUAUCGCGUGAGCUGGAGGUCCCAGGAGAGCUCCGGGGAGUGGCAGGAAGAGACAGUCACCAACCAUAGCCUGCGGGUGAUGACCUCUGCUGUCUUCGCUCCCUAUCACGUCCAGGUGCAGGCCAUCAACCAGCUGGGAGUCGGUCCAGAGCCGCAGGUGGUCACCCUGUACUCUGGAGAGGACUAUCCUGACGCAGCACCAGUGAUCCAUGGGGUAGACGUGAUCAACAGCACCCUAGUCAAGGUUACCUGGUCCACCAUCCCCAAAGACAGGGUCCACGGGCAUCUGAAAGGCUACCAGAUAAACUGGUGGAAAACAAAAAGUCUGUUGGAUGGAAGGACGCAUCUGAAAGAAGUGAACAUUCUCAGAUUUUCAGGACAACGGAACUCGGGAAUGGUUCCUUCCCUUGAUGCUUUCAGUGAAUACCGCUUAACAGUCUUAGCCUAUAAUUCCAAAGGAGCUGGUCCGGAAAGUGAGCCUUACAUAUUUCAAACACCAGAAGGAGUACCUGAGCAGCCAACCUUCCUUAAGGUCAUCAAAGUUGAUAAAGACACAGCCACCUUAUCCUGGGGGCUACCUAACAAGCUGAAUGGCAACUUGACUGGCUUCCUGCUACAGUACCAGAUAAGUAAGUAGAUAUUUGAAUUGUGUGCCCCCUAUAAAUUCUAUGUGCUGAACACUGAGUAACUUCAGCUUGUAGACUGACAGACUUUUCUGAAAGCAUUGAACUCUGUAAACUGGCUUGCAUUCCUAUCCAGACUACUUGCAGGUCUUUGUAAAGAAUGUGUCCCAAUUUUAAAGUCAAAAGAAAGAUUACUAGCUAAUGCUUUAGCCUUGUCUUGGUUGAAAUCCUAUCCUUAAGGGUAUCUGGCAGGCCUCAGGCAUAAGAUGUUAUUGUGCUGGUCAGAUAAAGAUAUUUAAAAGGCUAAAACCUCAGGAGCAUGGUAAAAGCGGAUUGCUAUUAAUAUAUUAAAGAAAUACAAAAGAGUCUUACUUAAAUUGCAAAACAUUUUAUUGUUCAUGUAACCUACAAAUCUUUGUAGAAAAAAAAAAUCAAGGAGGAGCCAGGUAGUGGCACACUUGGCUAAGCACACACAUUGCAGUGUCCAAAGACCCAAGUUCAAGCCCCUGGUCCCCACUUGCAGGGAAAAAGCUUCACCAGUGAGUAGAGUAAGGUUGCACGUGUCUCUGUGUCUCUUUCCCUCUCUACUUUCCGUCCCAUCUCAAUUUCUCUCUGUAUCCAAUAACAAAUAAAUAAAAUAUUAAUAUGUAUGUUAAGAAUAUGUUAAUGAAUUGUGUUCAUCUUGUUUGUGUUUAUAAAAUGUUUAGGUCUUUCUCUGAGGAAAAACAAAAAGAGAAUUUGCUUCAUUCCCCUCAUCUUACGCAUGCCUUCUCACUGUGAAGAGUUGUAGAAAUCAUAUGGACCACAGACACAAAGCUGUUGACAUGUCUAUUCUUUCCAGAAAGACUUGUCAUCCUCUUUGUUUCAGAAGAAAUGCCAUAUACUAGUGGGUAUGAGAGGCAUUGAGAUUUGUAGCUGACGAACCUUGAGAAUUAAGAAACACCCAAGGGGAAGAGUAAGAGGAUGAUAACAGGGGACUUGAAUGUUCAAGGGAUCUCUAGGACGUGUGUCAGUCACAACCCUGGACACAAGGCAUUUCUACAGACCUCUGUAUCAGCCUCUGAUUGACUUUGGACUCACUGAUGAUUUUUUAAUUAGUAUACUGAUUCUACAGACAAUGAAAACUUACUAGAUGUCAUAAAAAGGGAAGAAAGAGAGAGAGAGAGAAAUAAAGAUAAGAAACCACAAUUGGUGUAAAUAACUCACUGUGCCAAUUCUGACCACAACAGGGA